AUGGACUAUCGCCGGACGUCGCUGGUGGUGAACAGGAAACAGCAGGCUAUCGCAAAUGCUCAUAUAUAUGCCAGUUUCGCCGGGCCCGCUGGAACAAACAACGCAAAUGGAAUUCUUGCCGAAACACCAACAAUGUGGUGGGAUGAAGAUCGGAUCGAGACGACGGUUACUCGUCAGUUCGUCUUAGCGAACCUACGACCUGACGAACAACUGCGAUUAGACGAGCCUUUGCGGUUCGGCGAGGGUUUAACAGAUGAUACGUAUAUGGAAUGGAUCGAAUCGAAGGCGAAGCGGAUAUUUCUGAUCUUGGUCGACCUGGGGGUUCCUGAUCAAAUAUUCGGUGUUCUUGACGACUCGUGGGAUGAUGAUGAUUUGCCUGUUCCGCUGGAUCAUGUUGAGCGACUUCGGCUGACGUACGAGAAAGACGAGCGGAUGGAUAAGCGAUUUUUCCAAAGACAAUUUGUCUACUUGCUUCGUGGUUUGCAAAAAGGAGCCCAACUCGUCUAUGCGGACGAUGAGGUAGUUCCAUUAGAGCUCACAGAGAAAAGGCCAGUGGGCGCAGUACCUGGACUUACCCAAAGCAACUUCGAUAAGGUUCAUCUCCCAGGACGACCAGAUGAUAUCUUCAUUCGACGAAAGAUACCCAUUGGAACGACGCCAGGUCGGUUGCCGAUGGAAGACUUCCUCGCUGGAGUCGAAUCUCUGAAGAAUGUUGAGCAUGACCAUUUAACAUGCCUUUGGGCAUCAUAUACGCACUUGGAACAUGGCUACCUCAUCAUGAAUCCAGUCGACAAUAGUUCACUGAAAUCUUUCCUGACUGUUACACCACAAUCGUACAAGAUCCUCGCGAAGCAGGAACGUCGCAUAAUGAUGAUGAACUGGAUGCAUUGUCUCGCUGAUGCACUUUCCUUCUUGCACAGCAAAGGCUUGUCACACCGCAACAUCAAGCCUUCAAAUAUCAUGCUUGAUAUUGAUAAUCACAUUUUUCUAAGUGAUUGCAGCAUUUUCAAUAGCUCUCCAAUGCUGAACACAAAGCAAGGAUUUGACAAGGAGACUUACGAUUAUUCCGCACCAGAAAAAGCCGCAAGAACAGAAAAGGCAGCACCAGUUUACUCACCAAACACUCGCUCAACUACAAGAGGGACGAUGGCGCGAAGGUCAACAGGUCCCAGUACAAACGGAGUUCCUGUGUCUCCGACAAUAACCACGUCUGCCACAUUCUUUUCUGACACCGCAUCGAUAAGAACGUCCUCGACGGGAUCAAAUCCACCCAGUUCCCCCACAAAAUCUUCCUCGAGGUUGGAAUCGACUCACGACCCUCAAAAGUCAGAUAUUUUCUCUCUAGGUACGAUUUUCCUCGAGAUCAUCACGUUUCUCUUGAAAAGGGCAUCUCGUAACUUUGCCUCGCACCGAGCUUCGAAGAACAAGACUCCUGGUCGUGGUGGCGGCCUUCCAGAUUCAUCAUUCCACAAGAAUCUAGGACAAGUUGAGAGCUGGAUGAGUACUCUCGCUAGAGAUGCUUCGAAAAAGGAGGAUCAGAUAUUUAGAGGCGUCAGUCAUAUUUUAUUACUGGUGAACAACAUGCUAUCAGUUCACCCGGAUGAUCGGCCCACCGCCAAAGAGGUACAGGAAAGUCUGUAUGCUAUUCUCUCGGAAUACAGUGGGAUGGGACAACCCAAAGCUGGACCUCCAGACGAGAACCGUGGUCGUAUACACUGCGAGACCCGCGAAAACAAAGCCACCGAAUGGAAUUUCGGCUUCGAUGAGCUCCGUCUCGCUUCUCAGCGUGCGGCCGCAGCAGCUUGUGCCUCUGUCGCUCCGGUGAGCACGCUCAUCGGUAAUAUCAGCAGUAACACUACCGUCAUUUAUCCUACAAUGAAUUUGGAAAAGCUGAUUGCAGACCGGACUGUCUUGCGUAGUCCAGCACCUAGGGGAAGAAGUGACAAGGAUGGAGAUAAAUCGAGUAUUCAUACUAAGAAUAGCAAGAGUAGUGAAGGCAAAUCGAGAGCGGGAAGUGGUAACGGAGGAGGGAAAAUCAAGCCGAAACCAAAGGCCUGGCAGGCGCCAGUUUAUGCCGGUGGAAAUGACUUGGGGAUAUUGAGUGCUGAGAGGGAAUGA